AGCACAGAGCACCCCCCUCGGCAGCCCCAUUGGCCAGUCGGUGCCCCAGCUCCUGCCUGCUGAGCCGAAGACAGGUGCUGAGCCGGCCCCACACUUGGUUUUCAUUAAGGCUCCCAGACACCGCUGGCCACAGGCCAGGUCCGGCUCACGCGGGAUCCAUCCCUCCCUGGGGUCCAAAAACAGCCACCGGCCGGCAGGAGAGGCUCGCCGUGCAAAGACCGGCUUCAGGCGCCCGAGGCUGGGAGCUGAGGGUCCAGACCCCUCCCCGUGAGCCCUCCUCCUGUUACAUAACGGCUCCCCGGGGGGGGGGGGGUGGACCGGGAGAUGCUCUGGCCCCCGGCCCCCUCAGAGCUCCAUCCGUGCCCCAGGAGGGCCGCGGGGGGGGGCAACGCGGGAAGGCGGAGGUGGCCUACCUGGCCCCCGGGUCAGCAGGUCGUCCUCCCGGGGAAGGGGGCAGAGCCGCUGUGCGAGGGAGGCGCCAGGUGCCGGGAGCAGGGGGAGGCUCAGAGUGCAGAGGGCCGCGGGCUCUGCCCCUCGCCCGCCCUCCUCCUCCCCCUGGCCGCCUCCGUCCUCCACUUCAAAGAGCACCCACGAGAGGGGGUUCCCGGGGAGGCGCGCAGCCCAGUGGCGGCUCUGUGGCGCGGCCGCCUUUAUAGCUGUCAGGCAGACAGGGAGGAACUCACACUUCCCACCAGGCUGCUCCCCCGCCCGCCGCCGGCUGGCCUGGCGCACACUUUAACCCACUCCGCGCCUCUGGAGCCCGGCCAGGCCGGCCCAGCUGCCUGCCGACUGCGGCCUCGGCGGCGGCCCAGAGCAGCGAGCCGCGAGCGGGGAGGCCGCCUUCCCGGGUCCGGGACGGGGAACACGCGUUGGGGCGUCCAGGCGGAGCAGCCGCGGGCCCGGGGUCACGGGGGAGGUUGGGGGUGGCAAAGCCCAGCCCCAGCCUCGGCCCGGUCCGGCUUCUGCCUCGGGAGGGGAUCCGGUCCUCCGGUGCUCCCCAGAACGGGGUCCGGGGAUGUAGGAGACAGCCGGUCUGACGGCUCCGUUUUACGGAUGGGAAAGGUGAGGUCCGGGCCACCCAGCCGGCCCUGGAAAGGUCCUCCUGAGGAGCAGACGCCUAUGCGAGCGGAGGGACGAAGGGAGACCCAGUGGCGGCUCAGCCAAGGGUUCCGGGGAAGGGACAGAAGUGCCCGGGUGCUGACCGGAUGGCCGACAUGGCCAGGGCCGGUGGAGGGCCGGGGGGCUGGGGAACCAGCCUGGCUGGGCCCAGGCCAGUCGGGCAGCCCCUGGCAGGCCAGACCCGUGUUCCUGCUGAGUCAGAGUGUGGAGCGGAGGACGGAGCAGGCAGCACACGCUCCAGCCCCCGGGCACCCGGGAGGACCCCGGACUCUGCAGGCGGUCCCCGAAGCAGGGCCUGGCACCCACCGCUUACACACCAGCCUCCUCCCUGGAGCCCGUCCUCCUGGCGCCCACCAUGUAAGGUCUUCUGAGCCAUCUCAGCCGCCCCCUGCCUCUGCUGCGCAGGGGUCAUAGGCCCGCACGGGCACCUGGGGAUCCCCCUCCUCCCCUCCAUCCUCCCUGCCAGAGGAGCUACGGUGAGCUCCUUCGGCGGCCACCUUGGGUGGCUGAGAGUUAUCCCGUCCCCGUGGCCUGUCUGGCCGCUGACAGGAACAGUGGAGAAGGAGUAAGAGUAAAACAGCACCGCCCGCUCCCGUGCAUGGAGCCCUUCCCGGGCACCGGGAGCUAUGAGGCCAGCAUCUUCCUACGCCCAUUUUGCAGAUGGACAGACUGAGGCUUCAAGUCCCACAUCCAGUGUGUGACCCUCCCAGGUGCCUGCCACGCUUCCGCCCCACCCCAGCCUCCACCUGGAGGAAUCCGCCAAGGUUCUCCCCCAAGGGACACCGGUGAGCCCCCAAACUCCAGACCCGCAGGGAGCUGCACCUGCUUUUUCUGCUGGUGGCCUGGGAACGUCAGGAGAGAACUCAGGAGCCAGGGAAGGCUUCUGGGAGGCCCCCCAAGACCCUAGGAAUUUGGGGUGAAGAAUAAAGCACAGGCAGGACUGUGCUCCGAGUGUGGAGAGCUGUUGGCCCUGGGGGGAGCUGGUGAGGGUGGGCCUCCUGGGCCACAGGCCAUAGGUGCCCUGGGGACUCACUUCACAGGGUCCCAGCGAGGCUCUCGGGGCAGGAACCCAGAGCGCCCUCCCGAGGAGCCUCGGGGCCGCUGUGCUCAGAAGGGACCCACGCUUGCGGCCGUCACUGUACUGAAAGUCUUAAUAAUGUUACGCUUGGAUCCGUA